AUGAAUCAAGCCAUGGAUGCGAAGGCCGCAGCGGAUGCUUGUAUUCACUCCCAAGUGAAGUUCCAGAAUGUGCCCGCAGUAGUAAAGGUGCAGGAGGAGCCGAAGGGACCCGCACGCAGUCCUGUCCCUGCUUCUUCUUCCUCUGCUCAUUUUGUUAAUGGUACUGAACCUGCACGGCUUAAGGCGGAAGGCCCGGAAGACGGAUGCGCCGACAGCCCGUGCGGAGUGGCCUCUGUCUCCGAGUAA